AUGCUCACAAGCGUUGUUCUUCUUGCUUUUACUGUCAUUUGUGUUCAAUCACAAACUGCACUUGUUCUUCCACCAUUACCCUAUGCAUAUAGUGCACUCGAACCCGUUCUUUCGGAACAUUUGAUGAGAUUACAUCAUGAUAAACAUUUCGACACAUAUACAAAGAAGACCAAUGAAGCAUUGAAAACAAUUAUGGUUGAUACCUCAGCUAACGAGCAAUUGAAAGAAUUAGCCAAGAAACCACUCGAAGAAAUCCUCCAUGAUGUUUUACAUUUACCUGAACAAUAUCAAUUUGCAUUGAGACACAAUGGCGGUGGUUAUUACAAUCACAAACUUUUCUUCUCCAUGUUGAAAGCACCAACUGCAACAGCUGCUGAAAACAAACCAACUGGCGCCUUACUCGAAGCCAUCGAAAAAAGUUUUGGUUCAUUCGAUAAAUUCAGAGAAUUGUUCAGUGCAGCAUCAGUCAAUCUCUUCGGCUCCGGAUGGGUCUGGCUUUACAUCGAUGCUCAAACUCAUAAACUUGUUCUCAACUUCACAGCCAAUCAAGAUAACCCAAUCAUGUUCGACAAAAACCAUGUUGUUCUUUUGGGUAUUGAUGUUUGGGAACAUGCAUACUACCCUGUUUAUGAAAACCGUCGUAGUGAAUAUAUUGAUAACUUCUGGCGUAUUGUUAACUGGCCUUUCGUUGCUCAACUCUACACCGAAGGUACAACCAAACGUGCUGAUCUUUAA